AUGUCCAUGAAGAAACACACUGAUUUCUUGGCAAGACACUGCAGAGUCUGCUCUAAGGUACUUAGUAGAAAUCAGUACAAGUGUUCCAAGAAUGAGCAUCUCAUGAAGAGGUUGGAUGUGGAUACAUCGAGUGAUGAAGCUGAAAUUCAGCCAGAGAGUUUUUGUAACAGCUGCUACCUAACAGCGAAGAGCUUGCUCUCCCGUAGUGAUGCUAAAGCACAUGUUACACCAGUUCAAUGGUCACCACAAAGUAAUAUGAACUGUGAAGUCUGUGAUGUGAAAUGCAAAGGUGGGAGACCAAAGAAAUCAUCAAAAGCUGGACGACCAUCAUAUAUUAGCAAACACAUCCAAUCCAUAGCUUUGGAGAUUCCAUCUUUGACUCUUCUGCAAGUUAAAGAUGAGAAUUAUAGAAAGAAGGUUACAUGUACAUACUGUAGCUCUGCUGUUGACUCACCAGUUGAGAUUCUACCAUAUAAAUCUUUGUUUUGCUGUGGUUGUACUCUCUCUCUUGCUGCUACAAUUCCUUCAUGUAAUUGCCCGGGUUGUUCUGGUCCUCAUAAAUCUAGUGAGUCUACUUUCACAAAGCCAUUGAGCAUAAUAGAAAAAAUGAUCAAGAGCUUGAUUGUUGAGUGUGAUAGAUGUGGGGUGGAUACUAAAGUAGAGUCUCUAGCAGAUGAGUGUCGAUUGCACAUCAAAAGUAGAAGCAAGGCGGCUACAAGAGUGAUAUCUGAAAUGAUGACUCAAACCCAUACCAUUACAGUACCUACAGGAGGAAGAGUAAGUAAAUAA